AUGCUUUCAGCGGCAGUACCAACUACUUGCAUGCCUACAUCUGAGAACUUGGCAUCAACGCUGUUCAGCUCGUUGUUCCUCAGGGCUGACGAUGACAUUGACACGUUCUAUUUUGAAGACUUAUCUGAUAUCACAAAACUCGCGGCGGUAGGAGACUCAUACUCGGCAGGCAUUGGGGCUGGUGACAGGCUAAGUGGAGUUGACAACUGGUGGUGUAGUCGAUACGACCAUGCCUAUCCUAACCUAGUCAAUCAAGACGUGAGGCUGGGCGACAAGUCGAAGAGAACGUUUCAGUUCCACUCUUGCUCAGGUGCAGUCAUUAAGGAGGUGAUUGAGGAUCAACUUCCGAAUGUUGAUAGUGGUCAAAAUGUCAUCUUGCUAUCUGCUGGGGGGAACGAUGCUGAGCUCUCUAACAUUCUCAAUCAGUGUGUCUUCAACUGGUUCGUCUUGAACAGGAACCAGGCGUCAACCGUCAAGCUAGGAAAGAUCCUAGAGGAAGAGUGGGCACAAAACCUCGACAUCGACACAGAUGUUGUAUCCCGUGGCUGUCAAAAACAACUCGAGACGUCUCAAAAGAUUAUUCGAAGUCCAGAAUUCGAUGAAAGCUUGGACACACUACUUGAGGCCACGAAAAAGAAGCUCGGAAAUGGCGGCAUGAUUUACUACACAGGUUACGCCAAAUUCUUUGCUACGGGCACCAAAGAGUGCAACGACGUGUCAUGGGCUGUUUGGAUCAACAAACUAUGGAAUAACCUUCACGUCGGUGAAAAGCUUGAUGAUGUUAGACGUAUCGCCAUGAACGGACUAGUUGACGAGGUCAAUAAAAAGAUCGAGAAGGCGGUAGAGCGAGCUGGAUCUCAAGUUCAAUUCAUUAACUACGAUAGCUAUGUCGAGAGAUUUAAAGGCAGGUUUUGUGAGUCUGGAGUGGACGAAAGCUCUAGUGAAAGCAAUACGCGUCCGGAUCUCAUGUUCUUUGAGCUCAACUCAUUCGAUCCUCUAGGCUCAAGUCCAUGGAAAAGAUCGCCUGGGGAUGAGUACAAGAACGGCACAUUUGAGUAUCAACUCGACGGACUCGCGCGUCUUGCCAUGGAAAUGGAACCUGAAGUUGAGCUUGUCCACGAGGACAAGAUUGACGGAACGGCCAAACCAAUGGAGAUGGCAGCACUAGAAGACGAGGAAGUUCACACCAAUGACUUCAUCAGCAGCGUCAUGCCUGACGGGUACCUACGAGUCUUCCAUCCUCAGACCUUGCUGCACAGGAUCAUCGCAAACAUGAUUGUAUUCCAGAUGCAAAAUCACAAGUUGGAAGUUCAUGGUGACAAGGCAAGACCAGAACUACCAGAAACGGGGGGAUCGUGCCCUGCUUCUUCGACAAAAUAUGUCCUGAAAUACAAGAAGUCCAAGGGUAGAAAGGAGGUCCAAGGAGGCACGAAGCUCCGUAUACUCACAGUCGGAGAUUCCAUCACGGUCGGUUUCCGAGGCUCUAACCACAAUGGCGAGGGAGGCUAUAGGAACCAGCUUAAGGAAGACUUAUCUGAGAACAAGGUGGUUUAUGCUGGAAUGGAAUCAUCAGGAGUGUCGGGUGAUUAUUUUGCUGCGUGGUCGGGGAAAACCAUCCAAUACGUCUCUGAUCAUGUUGAGCCAUCCCUAAAAGAACGACCGAAUCUCAUCCUUCUGGCCGCUGGCACGAACGACAUGAACCCAAACCCCAAGAUUUCCCAACAGGGAAACAACCCCAAAGCAGCAGCUGAUCGCCUGGGCAAGCUAAUCGACAAGAUGGUCAAGGCAUGCCCCGACGCUACUAUCCUGGUCGCCAUGAUCAUCAAUACCUGCGACACCAAGCAGUCCGACAGAACCAAGGAGUAUCAGAAGCUGAUCCCCGACGUGGUAAAAAAGCGCAGGGAAGACGGCAAGCAUGUCCUCGCUGUUGACUUCACCACGUUCAGCACCGAUCUUCUCGACGACUGCAUCCAUCCAACCCCCAAGGGCUACGAUGAGAUGGGUCGAUACUGGUACGACUUUGUCACGCAGAUCCCCAAAGGCUGGAUCAAAGAACCCAAGGGCUCUGAUCCGAAAGAUGGUGGAAGCGACGAGAACGGGGGCCUUGACAAGAAUAUUCCCGCACCGGACUGGGGCGAGCUGCCCAUCAGAGAAAAGUCCAAGAAGGAGAUUGCUGAAGUAGCUGAUUGGGCCAUGAACUUGGUAAACCAACUGAGACAUAAAGAGUGUAUCAUGAAGCCUAUCUGGAGGGAGGUCGGCAAGAUCGCUCGUGGAGGUGUGGGCAAGUCUGGGGACUGGAAGUAUCACAAAAAAUGGGUUGAGGCUGAUCUCAAGAAAUGGGGCUCAGGGAACAAGGUUGCCGAUGGCCUUGGCCUGGAUCCUCGUUACGUCAGGUAUGUUUGCGAACUGAUUGUUUUUCUGUGGUAA